GGAGUGGGACCCUUGUCGUGCACCAACACCACGAUGGACCCUUGUCGUGCACCAACACCACGAUGGACGACUACCCGAUGUAUGGGUUGCUGGUUGGGUUCUCCCUCUGGGGGACCCUCUGGCGUCUCCUCUUUCCUCUCGGAUUUUGGCAUACCUUUGCGUGUAGAGUAGGGCCCACUCGAGGUGGUACCGCCACCCAACCAUACACGAAGGAGGAGGAGGAGAARAUGGCCGCCAUCCUGCAGGAGAGGAAGGAGAAGAAGGAGGCCAAGAAGAAGGCCUUGAAAGAGGAACAGGCGGCCAAACUAAAGAAGAUGGAAGAAGAGAUGGCCAGGGAGAAAGACAGGUUGAAAAAGGAAGAAGAAGAGAAGCUGAAGGAGGUGGAUGAAGAAGAGGAAGGACCACCACUGCAAAAGAGUGGGCAGCACAGCGGCAGCAGCAGUGAUGAGAUGGAGAAGAAGAUUUCGGAGUGGGUCGCCAACUUAUCCCUGGGUGAGCAGGAAGAGGUUGCUAUGUACAUCCCCAAGGAUGAGCAAGAAGCCGCCAUGAAGAAAUGGGAAGCAGAAAAAGAUGUUCUAACGCGGCGGGCGAUGGAGGAUGAACAGAGGAUGGCGUGGAAGCUCGCAGUGAUGAGGGAGAAGAAGAGAAGAGUGGAAGCGGCGAAUGCAGCAAUGCAAGAACUAGCGGAGGUGAGGACUGCCUCAACAACACAAUUGACUCCGCAAGUAGAUCUCCAACGCAAAGUGGAGAUCAUCGCCCAGAGCGUUGACCGGUUAGCUAAAGUGCAAGAAAAGCACUAUGAGUUUAGUCGCAGCCAGGAGAUAUCCGCGCGUUCGAUGCGAACCGGAUUACGGGAUUUUGCUCGCGAACUAGUAGGCGUUGUGGGAUCCGAGGUGAGUCAUCGCCUCGAGAAGACUGAGCGUUUUUGUGUUGGCGCCAUCGAAGGCGUCAAGGUGGCCGCUCCCAAGGAGGAGGAGGCCCGUCCUCGCAGGGAGCCAGUCAAAGUCAAAUUCCCUGAUUCCUAUAGUGGGAAAAGGGAAGAGAACUUUGACAAUUGGGAGGCCAAUGUUAAGACCUAUGUGCAUUUGCAAUAGGUCUCCCCGGAUCAGCAGGUCUUAAUUGCGAUCCAUGCACUUAGAGACGAGGCCGCCAGUUUCGCGAGAUCCCUUGUUCGU